AUGAUCGUGGAAGGAGGAUUCGGAGACGGGAGUGUCACGCAGAAGGUCCACCACGCACAGGGACUGAAGGGAAGCGUCCGGCCGGGUGGCGAAAAGGAUGGGCUUUGGGGAUCGCUUUGUUUAGAUUUCUCAAGAACAGAUGAGCUUUCCAUCUGCGGGGGAGACACCAAGGAAGCGAUGCUUUUAAGGAACGAGGACACUUUGGAUCGCUGGGGAAAUGUGGAAGGACUAGACCUUCUUCAGAGCUUCUCUUUCACCAUGCAAAGGUCCACGUUGCAGUGGACUUGUUGCUUCCUUUUCUUGUGCGUCCUGGACGGACGGACGGCGGGUCAAGCGCAGCCCCGCCCCCAGCGUCAAAUGGCGACCCGGUCGCGGGCCGGCAAUCUUUCGGAGAGUGCGGAAAGGAAAGUGGCGCGGCUGGGCGUGACCUUCAAGCGUAACGUUCGGCAGCUGCGCGACAAGAGCGCCUGCAUGGACCUGGUCUUCUUGGUGGACGAGUCGUCCAGCGUGGGCGCCGGCAACUUCGGAAGCGAGCUGCGCUUCGUGCGCAAGAUGCUCUCCGACUUCCCCGUGGCGGCGGAGAACACGCGGGUGGCUCUCGUCACCUUCUCGUCCAAGACCCACGUGGUGACGCGGGUGGACCACAUCACUGCGCCUGAGCCGCACCACCACAAGUGCUCGCUCUUCAACAAGGAGAUCCCGUCCAUCACUUAUCGAGGGGGCGGGACGUACACCAAGGGAGCCUUCCAGCGGGCUGCGCAAAUCCUGCGUCAUUCCCGCGCGAAUGCUAGCAAGGUGAUCUUCCUGAUUACCGACGGCUACUCCAACGGCGGGGAUCCUCGGCCCGUGGCGGCGGCGCUGAGGGAGCGCGGCGUGGAAAUUUUCACGCUGGGCAUCUGGCAGGGAAACAUUCGAGAGCUGCACGACAUGGCCUCGCACCCCAAGGACCAGCAUUGCUACCUGCUGCACAACUUUGCCGAGUUCGAAGCUCUGGCUCGCCGAGCGCUGCACGAAGAUCUCCCUACGGGCAGCUACAUCCAUGAAGAUCUUUCCCGAUGCUCGUCCUUGUGCGAAGCCGGGCGGGACUGCUGCGACGUGAUGGCUAGCUGCAAGUGCGGCACGCACACCGGACGCUACGAUUGCAUCUGCGAGAAGGGCUACUACGGGAAGGGGCUGCAGCACGAAUGUGCCGCUUGCCCGGCCGGUACGUACAAACCAGAGGCAACCCCCGGCGGGUCCAGCACGUGUCUAGCAUGCCCUGACCAACAGCACACCUCCAGGCCUGGUAGCACCUCACUCGGCGACUGCGUCUGCAAACCGGGCUACCAGCAAGUGGGCUCGACCUGCCAGGUGGUUCACUGCCCUCCGCUGUCCUCUCCGCAAAACGGCUUCUUCAUUCAGAACGUAUGCAACAACCACUACGAUGCGGCCUGCGGUGUCAAAUGCCAGCCGGGGUUCGACCUCCACGGGACGGGCAUUCGGCUGUGUCAGGCCGACGGUACCUGGUCAGGCUCGCCGGCUUCCUGUAAACCGCGCUCCUGCCCACCUCUCCCCAAACCCCCGCACGGUACCCUGAAGUGCAGCGACGGUGGCGCUUCCUACAGGGCGGAGUGCCAGGUGGACUGCAACCGAGGCCACAAAGUGGAGGGGGACCCCAAGAUCACCUGCCUGGCCAAUUCCCAGUGGAGUGGACCUCUACCUCGGUGUGUGGAGGCGCGCUGUUCUCCAAUCGCCCCCCUGGAGAACAUCCUAGUGUCGCCCCCUGCCUGUACAAAAAGGGCGGCGUCCCCCGGCUCUGCCUGCAUACUCACCUGUCGCCAAGGUUACGUUCUUCAAGGACACAGAAGAGCGGUGUGUCUCGGCUCUGGGAACUGGACCGCAAAUGUCCACAAGGCGGUCUGCAAAGAUAUCGAGCCACCUGGGAUCCAGUGCCCGGAGAAUAUCGUGGCGGUGACGGACGACCGGCGUAGUACAGCUCACGUGACGUGGAGCGCCCCGAAUGCAACCGACAACUCCAAAGACGAGGUGUCAGUACAAGUGAAACCGGUGUACGCUCCACCGCAACUGCUCCCCAUCGGAACCGAGACUAUAACCUACCUCGCGGUCGACCGCUCCGGGAACCAGGCCAACUGUUCUUUCACAGUCACCGUCAUCGAUACGGAGUCCCCGGUGAUCGACAGGUGCAGGUCCCCGCCUACGCUCCAGGCCACGGACGCGGAGACCGCGGUCGUCUGGGAGGAGCCCCAGUUUUCCGAUAACUCAGGCGGCCGUCUGUCGGUGACCAGCAGCCACUCCCCAGGUUCGCUCUUUCCAGUUGGAGAGACGUUGGUCCAGUACACCGCGAGUGAUGCGGCGGGAAACAGCCGCACUUGCAACCUAACCGUCACUGUGCGAGGCACGACUUGCGAUCAACCGUACAUCCCAAUAAACGGAGAAUUCAUCUGCUCGGACGAAGCGAACGGUGUUAACUGCACCCUACGCUGUAAGCAGGGCUACAGUUUCACUCAGGAUGCUGUGCACAGUUACUUCUGUGCCAACAAUGGCUUGUGGGAGCCGCCGUACUCCCCAGACAGACCCGACUGUUCCGUGAACAGAGUGGCUAACAACGGACUGAAGCCGUUUGAGAUGCUGUUUAAAGCCUCGCGCUGUGAUGACGUGGACUUGGUUGUGACAUUCACGGGGGAGUUGGAGUCUAAAUUGGGAAGCAUGCUUCCGAACCUUUGCAGCGGCGACGAGGUCACUUGCAAAGUGGAGGUGAUGCCACAAGGCAAUUGUCUGGAGUACAACUACGACUACGAGAACGGUUUCGCCAUUGGACCAGGAGGUUGGGGUCCUCAGAGUGGUCAAGACUACGCCUACUUUGAGUCGGGCUUUGCCACAGGUGCCCGCCAGCCUGUCGCGAGGCAGCAAGGUCGCCAUCGUAGCAAAAGGCACAGAAGGAUUAGGGGCCCUACUCGGGACCAGAAGAUCCAGAUCUUUUUCAACAUCACAGCAAGCGUCCCUCUCCCGGUGUCGAGGAACGAUUCCGUGGAGGUGGCCAAUCAGAGGCGACUCCUGCGAACCCUAGAGCUGCUCACCAAUCGCUUGAAGCGAACUCUGGCCAGGCAGCCUCUCUCCAGUUUCCAUUUGUCCUCGGAGAUGAUCGUAGCAGACGCCAAGUCACUGGAGAGCAGGAAGGCUUCGCUCUUCUGCCGACCCGGCUCGGUGCUCAAAGGAAGGAUGUGCGUCCAAUGUCCGGUGGGCACGUAUUUCUCCCUGGAGUAUAAUGAAUGUGAGAGCUGUGGGCUGGGCUCCUACCAGGACCUGGAGGGUCAGCUGGAGUGCAAAUCCUGCCCUGAAGGGACAUCCACCGCCUACCUACAUUCUCGCAAUAUGGCCGAGUGCAAAGGACAGUGUAAACCUGGCAGUCAUUCUAUGAACGGCUUGGAAAUUUGCGAGUCGUGCCCGCUGGGUCACUUCCAACCCGGUUACGGAGCCAGGGAGUGUCUGGAGUGUCCUGACGAGACGUCCACCGUCACCCGAGGGGCGGUGGACCAGCUGGAGUGUGGAGUUCCGUGUUCGUCAGGUCAUUUCUCACGAACCGGCCUGGUUCCGUGCUACGCUUGCCCCAGAGAUUACUACCAGCCCGACCACGGACGCUCCUAUUGCUUGUCCUGCCCUUUCUACGGAACCACCACAGUUACCGGGGCGACCACCAUCCAGCAUUGCUCCAGUUUCGGCUCCAGCUUUCUUCCCAAAGAAGAGAGUGUGACCGCCGCUCCAGAGGUUGAGGUCAUCGAGGACUACCAAGCUAGCAGCCAGGUUUUCCACGAGUGUUUCCUGAAUCCCUGUCAGAAUAAGGGAACCUGUGAAGAGGUCGGCGCUGGCUACGUCUGCACCUGCAUGCCGGGAUUCACAGGGGCCAAAUGUGAGGUGGAUGUAGAUGAAUGUGACUCGGAUCCAUGCCAGAAUGGGGGUCUGUGUAAGGACGGCAUGGGAGAGUUCCAGUGUCAGUGCAAGUCGGGAUAUUUAGGCUCCUUGUGCGAGGUGGAGGUGAAUGAAUGUCUCUCGUCCCCCUGCCUCAACGAGGGCGUGUGCGUGGAUGAAGUGGACGGAUUCACCUGCAGUUGUGCCGGAGGAUUCACGGGAUCUCGCUGCGAACUGGAAAUCAACGAGUGCAUGUCCGACCCCUGCCAGAACGGCGGGGUCUGCGAGGACUUGACGGGGUCUUACGCUUGCAACUGUGUGACGGGCUUCUCGGGGGACCGAUGCGAGGUCGACGUAGAUGAAUGCGCCAGCGCCCCCUGUCUUAACGGCGCCUCCUGUCUGGACGGAGUUAACAAUUUCAGGUGCGAGUGCGCAGUGGGCUACAGGGGCCCGCUUUGUGAGGUGGAUGUAGACGAGUGUGACCCUAACCCAUGCGUGAACGGAGCAAGCUGCCUGGACGGUCUCGGGUCCUACGCUUGCCGCUGCCUCCCUGGGUUCAACGGAACCAGGUGUGAGACAGAAAUGUCCUCCGCUUUCAACCUGGAUUUCGAGGUAUCAGGUAUCCACGGUUACGUGUUGAUGGACGGAGUCAUGCCGGCGCUUACGGAGAUCACUUGCACCUUCUGGAUGAGGUCCUCAGACACCACCAAUUACGGCACACCCAUCUCCUAUGCUGUGGAGGGCAGCGAUAACGCUUUUCUUCUGAUAGACUACAACGGGUGGGUGCUGUACGUAAACGGCAAAGAGCGAAUUACUGACUGCCCGGCCGUGAAUACCGGAAGCUGGUACCACAUCGGAGUGUCUUGGAGGAGCUGGGACGGGGACUGGAGGAUCUACAUCAACGGGAAGCCGUCAGACGGAGGCAAAGGCCUGUCAGUCGGCACCAGUAUCCCAGGCGGAGGGGCGCUGGUAUUGGGUCAGGACCAGGACCAAAGAGGGGAGGGCUUCAACCCUGUGGAAUCCUUCGUCGGCUCCAUCAGCCAGCUCAACAUCUGGGAUCGUGUCCUCACGCCUCAACAGAUCAAGGUCCUCGCAAGUAGUUGCCCCGCCUCCCACGUCACUCACAGAGGAAACGUUCUCGCCUGGCCAGAUUUUCUCAAUGGAGGUCUCGGCCGAGUUAAAGUCAAUUUUAGCAGCGUUUUCUGCGCAGACUGCCCACAGCUGGACAACGCUGUGCCUCAUCUUCAUGCCUCAAAUGUGGAGGUGAGUCCUGGCGCUCAAGUUCAGCUGUCGUGUGAUCCUGGCUUUUACCUGGUGGGGGAGCCAGUUCUCCAGUGCCAAAAUCAAGGAGAAUGGAGUCACCCUCUUCCCAGCUGUGAAAGAGUGUCAUGCGGGCCUCCUCAACCACUGGAUAACGGCGUGUUUCAUGUUGACGACUUCCACGCCGGCGGCUCGGUGUCCUACCAAUGCAACCCUGGCUUUUACCUGCUAGGAGACGCCAAGGUGCACUGCUCCAACAGCGGCAAGUGGGGAGGAAAUCCACCGGCUUGUCUCGAUGUGGACGAGUGCUCCCUGGGAUCGGACUGCGACGCUCACGCAAGUUGUCAAAACACCGACGGCUCUUAUACGUGCACGUGUAUACACCCGUAUAGUGGAGACGGCAAGAAUUGCACAGAGCCGGUGAAGUGUGACAACCCCGGAGAGCCUGACUUCGGCCACCGUGACGGCAGCAACUUCCUAAUGGGGAGUAAAGUCAUUUUCCACUGCGAGAAUGGCUACGAGUUAAUCGGAGCCACUCAACUGCAGUGCCUGGAGACCGGAAGCUGGGACAACGCCGUUCCGUACUGCAAAGCUCUCUCUUGCGCAGCGCCAUCUGUUCCAGAGAACUCCAUCAUGAAAGGAAGCAACUUCACCCACGGAAGCAAGGUGACUUUCAGCUGUGUGAAAGGUUUCCUUCCUCAAAUCCCCUACGAGUUCCAGUGUCUUUCUAGUCUGAGGUGGAGCGGGACGCCACCUGUUUGCCAUCCCGUGUCAUGCGGGGGACCCCCGAUUGUACGGAAUGCCUACUACACUCUAACCACAAGCACGUACCUGUCCAAAGUCUCGUACUCCUGUGGAGAAGGGUACAGACCACAGGGCCCCGUGGAAGUGGUUUGUGAAGAAACAGGGGAGUGGAGCCGGCCCUAUCCUCGCUGUGUCAACAUCAUAUGCGGUGACCCCCCAGCUCUCAGAGACGCAGUGAUCCUAGGAGAGAACUAUGAACUGGGGAAUAAAGUGCACUAUGUCUGCAAAGAAGGCUACACUAUGAUUGGCUCGGAGAUCCGGGAGUGUCUGCCAAGUGGCCAAUGGAGUGACAGCUCUGCCCAGUGCGUGCCCCAUUCCUGCGGACCCCCGCCUGCUAUUGACCACGCGGAACCCUUCGUCAACCACCAGCUUUUCGGCGACACCGCCGAUUAUUACUGCACCGACGGCUACACGGCCGGCAACAACACCAAAAUGGUCUGCAAUGCGCAGGGUGUUUGGGCGCCCCCCGAUGGAACGGAGGCCCCUCGCUGCACCGCCGACUUCUGCCUGCGCCCGCAGCAACUCCCUCACGCCAUUUUAGACACCGCGAGCAAACCCAAAUACUCGAGCGGCACGGAAGUCAGCUACAAAUGCGAUGAGGGCUUUGUGCUUAAUGCCACGGCGACGCUGCGGUGCCUAGUGGGUGGGGAGUGGGAGCCAAAGCCGCAAGUUAUCAACUGCGUGCCCUUGAGGUGCUCCAAGCCGGAAUCUGUCGAUCGGGGCUACGUGAGCGGAAGCGACUACAGCUUUGGUGCCGUCGUGGCGUACAGCUGCGAUAAGGGGUUCGUGAUACGAGGGGAAAAGAGGCGGACUUGCAAAGCCGACGGCGAGUGGGGCGGAGUUUUGCCCACUUGCGUUCCUGUUUCCUGCCCUGUGGCUCCACAGCUCAAAAAUGGAUACAUCAAGGUCCGGAGUCGUAACACGUUUAACAGCAAGGUGAUCUACGCCUGUAAUGCCGGCUACAGAUUGGUGGGUCGUCCAGAGCGAGUUUGCCAGGCCAACCGCCAGUGGUCUGACAACGAGGCACCCGCCUGCGUCCUUUUGACCUGCGACCCGCCUCCCGACAUUGCGCACGGGCGAUACAGGGGCUCGGACUUCCAGGUGGGUCGGAAAGUGGAAUACUUCUGCGACGAUGGCUACGAGCUGAUCGGAGACACCGUCUGGACCUGUCUCAAAUACGGACGCUGGGACAUGUCCAGGCGUCCCCGCUGCUCACCCGUGCAGUGUCCGGAGCCACAGCUGGAGGAGAAUCACCUUGUCCUGAAAGGCUUGGACUCUGAAUCAGGAACUGUGGAAUUGUCCUGCGAGGACGGGUACGUCCUCGAGGGGCCGCAUAUUCUACGUUGUUUGCCUUCCCGGGAGUGGAAUGGCACCUUUCCGGUGUGCAAGCAAGUGCAAUGCGGGUCUUUGCCUGAUGUUGCAUUUGGUGGACCUUCCAUAUCUUCUCCCAGAUUUUCAUUCAACUCCGUGGUACCCUACAAAUGCAUGGAUGGCUUCACGUUACGAAAAGAAGCUUCUGUGACCUGUCUAUCCAGCGGCAAGUGGAGUAGUCCGUACCCAGAGUGCAUUCCCGUUGAAUGUCCACAGCCUGUGGAGAUUUCCAAUGGUAUCGUUGAUGUUCAAGGUCUGAUGUACCUCAGCAAAGCGCUAUACAGCUGUAAGACCGGAUUUCAUUUAGUGGGGAAUGCUACUGUCCUGUGCGGCGAAAAAGGACUUUGGAUCGGAGGGGUGCCCUCUUGCCGCCCCAUUGAAUGCUCGCCUCCAAAACAGAUUGCGAAUGGAAAAGUAACCUUCACAAAACUGCAGUUUGGUCACAGUGCCACCUACUCCUGCCGCCGUGGUUACCGCCUUCAAGGUCCAGAGACUCUCAAGUGUCUAGCAAAUGGGGAAUGGAGUGACGAACCGUCUGUUUGCGUUGAAAUAUCUUGCACCCCUCCCCAGGCAAUUGAAAAUGGUUUCGUAGAGGGACAAGAUCACGGUUUCGGCGUCACCAUCUUUUACAGCUGUAUCCCUGGCUUUCAGCUUGUUGGCCAGGACCACCUCACGUGCGAGGAGUUUGGUUGGUCAAGUGCUGUUCCUGUCUGCGUACCCUCCGAUUGUGGCCUCCCGCCUCAUAUUGACUUCGGGGACUACGUCAGGGCGACAGACCUGGGGGGAGGCUCCUCGAGAGAUCUGAGUUUCCUCCACGGGACGACGAUCGAGUACCGGUGUCACAAAGGUUACGACCUGACAAGCCCAACGAAGUUGGGGUGUCAGGAAGACGGAAGCUGGAACGGGACGGCCCCUUCCUGCGUCCCGGCUGAGUGCGUGACGCCUCCGACCCCCGAGCACGGCCGAGUAAACGUCACGGACACAUCCCUUGGCAGCAUGGUCACGUACACCUGUGAGGAAGGAUACGAGCUGGAGGGGGAAGCAGUGAGGCAGUGCUUAUCGGGUCAACUCUGGACCGACGAGGCACCAAUAUGUCGCCCUGUUUCCUGUGGAGACCCAGGGCCUGUAGCUAAUGCCACAGCUCAUGGAGGUGCCUUUGUGUACCCUGAAGUCCUUACCUAUAAGUGUAAUCCGGGGUUUGUCCUGAAGGGUGGUGACAGUAUUACUUGUCAGGCUGAUGGGAAAUGGAACGGACAGAAACCUUGGUGUGACUUAGUGUCAUGUGGUCCUCCCAAACUCCCCAAUGAUAUCACAUUCAGAGGCAAAGACUUUGUCUACAACCAGGAAAUUGAACUCAGUUGUAAGCCAGGUUUCCUCAUCAAAGGGAAGUCUCUCAGCGUCUGUCAGGCUGAUGGAACCUGGAGUCACGAAUCUGUUACCUGCAUACCCGCUCAAUGUGAGAAACCCUCUCCGAUACCUCACGGGCGAAUAUUAGGCUCAGAGUUUGGCUUCGACAGCAAGGUGAAGUAUGAAUGUGAGGAAGGCUACGCCAUAAACGGCAAUCCGACACGUCGUUGUCAGUCUGACGGACGCUGGGAUGAACCGGCGCCACGUUGCGACGUUAUCAGCUGCGAUCCUCCUGAGGACAUCAGCCACGGCUUUCUCAACGGCUCCAGUUUCAACUACGAUGACAUAGUGGAGUACGUCUGCUUCGAAGGUUAUGUCAUAGUCGGGGACCCUGUCCUCCGCUGCUCAGCUCAAGGAAUCUGGAUCGGUGCCGUGCCCCAGUGUCGACCCUGCGUCUGCGCCCUCCCAAUUUUGAAAUUCGGCGUGGUUCUUGGACGCAACCGCGCCUGUGGCGACCAAGUUCACUUCCAGUGCGACGAUGGGUACAAACUCCUCGGACCGUCUCAGGCAGUGUGCGAAAAAGGAGGGGUGUGGAGCCCCGGGGUGCCGGUGUGUGGCCGGGGGAGGUGCUCCGUCGCCCCGCCUGCCGUCCCAAAUACUGUACUUCAGGGUGGCAGUGCCGCUUUCCCGGACACCGUCGUGUACCGGUGCAGGCCUGGCUACCGGCUGAGGGGGUACCCGCAACUCUCCUGCGGGAGAGAUGGGAAAUGGGGUGAGCCGAGGAUCAGCUGUGAGCCGGUGAGCUGCGGAAAACCCCCUGCUUUUGCCAAUUCUCGUGUUGAAGGAGAAUCCUAUACCUUCCCAAACCAGGUUUCAUACAGAUGUGAUGACGGCUUCGAGCUAGCAACACAAACGGCCACUCUCUCCUGCCUCAGUGACGGCUUUUGGUCCAAGCACAGCAUCCGUUGUCGCCCCGUCCCUUGCACUCUCCCUGUUAAUCAUUCCAUCCCUCACCUGUCCAUCACCGGAACAGGGCUGACCCCUGUCGGGAGCACGGUCGCCCUCUCCUGUCCCACCGGAUUCUACCUGCAAGGCUCAGCGCUGGCUGAAUGCCAGCCCGGUGGAAAAUGGGCUCCCAGUUUUGCGUCAGUUUCAUGUGAACCAGUGGUUUGUGAAAACCCCCCUCCUCUUUUAAACGGCAUCCGUGAGGGGGAUAGCUACAACUAUGGAGACUUUGUAAUAUAUUCCUGCCUGCCUGGCUUUGAGAUUAAGGGGGACUCUGUCCAGACCUGCCAGGCGGACAGAACAUGGAGCGGCACUCAGCCGUUGUGUCUUGCACAGUCCUGCGGGUCUCCCCCGAUAGUGAAGAACGCCACGGUGCAGGAAACGGGGGGAACGUACCCGCGCAAUGCCAGCUACUCUUGCAAUGCCGGCAUGCGAUUGGUCGGCCCCGUUACGCUAGUUUGUCUGGCCAACGGCACGUGGAGUCUGCCCGUGCCUUACUGUGAAGUUUCUCAAGGCUGUGAAAGCCCCAAGCAAAUGCUGCACGGAAAAGUUCAAGAACACAAUCUGGCCACCGGGCGUGCUGUUGCUUUCAGCUGCGAGAAAGGCUACAAUCUGGUGGGAGACGCCCUGGUGAUGUGUUUAGGAGGCGACACUUGGAGCUCCGCCUUUCCUACGUGUCAACCCAAAAUGUGCCCCGCUCCUCCGGGCUGGAAGGAUGGCGGGACCGAGGCCCGAAGGUUUUACGUGGGUCAGUCGGUGCGGGUCGGCUGCCCCAAAGGCCAGCAAGCGAGAGGGGGCGGCAGCAUCACGUGCAGACCGGAUCAGACCUGGAGCCCCCUCAGCUCCGUAUGCGAGAGGGUUUCCUGUGGGCCCCCCCUCCACGUGGCCCACGGGGUGGUGCGGGGGGCGGUGUUCCAGUUCGGGGACGUGGCCGCGUACUCGUGUUUUGCCGGCUACGCCAUGGAGGGCGUCGGACGGAGCCGGUGUUUGGAGAACGGCAGCUGGACGCCGCCUCCCACGUGCAGAGCCGUGUGUUGGCUGCCCUGUCAGAACGGAGGGGUUUGUCAGCGGCCUAAUACCUGCGCCUGCCCUGAAGGAUGGAUGGGCCGACUCUGCGAGGAACCUAUUUGCAUCUUGCCGUGCUUGAACGGAGGCCGUUGCGUGGCUCCUUACCAGUGCGACUGUCCAAAAGGUUGGACAGGCACCCGUUGCCACAGCGCUGUUUGCGCAUCGCCGUGCCUGAACGGAGGCAGGUGCAUCAGGCCGAACAGGUGUCACUGUAGUCCAGGUUGGAGCGGACACGACUGCUCCAGGAAAAGGAGGUCUGGGUACUAUCACUUCUAA